AUGUCGCCUUCUUGUGCUACGCUGGACUCGGGCAUCGGACACCGCAAGACCCUGCCCAAGGGCCGUUCACAGACCAGCCCGUAUAGCAAACCUGAGGCAUCCAAGGGAACAUCAUCUGGGGGGCUUGCUGGUGUCGUCGCUGGAGAAUCAGCUAUCUGCACGGUUGCAUUGGGGAGCGGACUGAAUUAUCGAGGAUACAAUGUUGUGGACUUGGCCCGAGAAGCAACUUUCGAGGAGGUGGUGCACUUGUUGCUGCUUGGAGACCUACCAAAUCACCAGCAGCUAGCAAGCCUCAAGCAUAAGCUUUUCAGGGCGAGGCAGCUACCACCUCAGCUGCUCGCGGUCCUAAGACAAAUACCGAAGGAAGCUCAUCCGAUGGACGUCUUGAGGACAGCCUGUUCCUUCAUGGGAACUGUACACCCGGAAUGCAAUCCGUCUCAACAACAAGUCGACAUUGCAAUUCGUCUCAUUGGUGGUUUCGGGGGCGCCUUGAACUAUUGGCAUCACUUCGCCAACUCGGGCAAGGAAAUAUCACUUGUUUCUGAUCCUGAGGACUCCGUUGCCAUGAACUUCCUGAAACUAAUGAACGGGGACCCGGCAUUCAAGCCCCACCCGGUUGUGGCAAAGACACUGGACGUAUCGCUUAUCCUCUACGCAGAGCAUGACUUCAACGCAUCAACCUUCGCGUGCCGCGUGACUGCUGGCACCCGCAGCGAUAUGUAUAGCUGCAUAUGCUCGGGAAUAGGGACACUGAAGGGGCCCUUGCAUGGGGGAGCAAAUCAAGCAGCUCUGGAGAUGAUGCUUCCUUUGACUUCCACUGAGAAAGCAAAGCAAAGGCUGGAGGAAGCCUUCGCUCGCCGGGAGCUCAUCAUGGGCUUUGGGCACCGAAUGUACAAACAAGGAGACCCAAGAGCUCCUUUGAUGCGCCGGCUGGCUGAAGCCCUGGCGGCCGCACGGUUGCCCGAUUCCGACCCUGAGUUGAGGGGAGCACAGUCUGUAGAACGCGUUGCCCCAAAGGAUACGGAUGCAGGCUACAGCGCUCCUGGAGCUGUGUUGCGGCUCCAACAGGACUACGCCAACACGUAA